GCUCAGGAGAGGCAUGGAUCGGCCGAGGAGAGGAUCGAGCGACUAGAGACCCAGCUCGACGAGCAGAGAUCUGAACUGCAGAGGGCGCGGCAGCGGGAGAAGAUGAAUGAGGAACACAACGCGCGUCUGUCUGGCACCGUCGACAAGCUGCUAUCGGAGUCGAACGAGCGACUGCAGCUCCACCUGAAGGAGAGGAUGGCGGCGCUGGAGGAGAAGAACACGCUCACGCAGGAGCUGGAGAAGACGAAGAAGCUGCUAGAGGAAACCCUGCAGGAGAAGGAAAAACUCGAAGCCGAGGUGGAAAAACUGAAGUCGCAGGUGGAGCUACUCCACCACCAACUACAACAAUCAAAACUGGAAAGCGCGCGCUACCAACUAACUCCUAGUGUAUUUAUAGAUCCAUUACCAUCCAGCUUCAGGUAA